UUUACGGAAAAUACAAAUUAUAUUACAAACCAGCAAAAUACAUCCAUGGUUUCCUCAACAAAUCACCUGCUAAUCACAUUUCUAGUUAUCUUCAAUACGUGCUUCGCGUUUGGAAACUUGUCAUUUGUCGAUGGAGGGUUCCUAUUCUCACCAAAACAUGUUGUGAUCUACAACACAUUGAACUCACAUGAAGGAUUAGUCGUGCACUGUAGGAAUAAAGGGAAAGAUUUGACGUUUCCUGCGAUCCAAUCUCAACAAAGUGUAGGUUUCAAGUUUCAUGUCAAUCUACGCAGAACAACAACAUACACUUGCACAUUUACUUGGUUAGGAAAUGUGAAGACGUUUGAUAUUUUUAGAGUAGAUAGAGACGAUAGUUCAAAAAGUAAAUGUGGAAUAUGUAGAGAAUGUAUUUGGUAUAUAAAUGAGUCAGGUCCAUGUCGUGCUAGACGCGAUGGAGGGACUCCUUACUGUUUUCAAUGGCCAUCUUAAUCAUCUUAAAAUA